AUUCGACGACGCGGACCAUUCGUUUUUUUCUUUUUGAAAUUCAAAGGUUCGGAUACACGCGUGUCGGAUGCCGCGGUGUCAGCCUGUAAAAAUCGAAGCAGAGCCGAGACAACAACAGUUGCGCUAGCCGUGCUAACCGAAUAAAAAUAUAAAUAUUACACCCCCUCGGGGUAAUCAAAGGUGCGAAAGGUGCAGUUUUAAAAUCAGCUAUUGAUGAUAGAGCUCCCAAAUAAUUGGAAAAUAAAACCGAAUUCCGCAGCGAAAGUGGCAAAGAGCUCAGUGCGUUCGUGUGUGGUAGUGAGUGAGAGGGAGUGUUGUUGUUGACAUUUGGCCAGAAAUCAUUUGGUUGGCUUUGUUUUUGUUGUGGCCACCGCCAGAGCUUAUGCAAAUGUGCUGCUGUGCGCUGCUUGUGGCAACAAAUUGCACUCGAAGCUGAGGCUCUUAUGAAUGAAUGCUUCUGCGUCCGGGCGGGAGUCUGAGUCCGGGGAAGCAACGUGAGCUCCGGAGACCGAGGCGCAGACCGAGACUGAGUGGGAGCCGGUAACGGAGACUGGAAGCCCCGUCGUUCGCAUCCCUCCCGUCAAAAUGGCCUUCAGCUAUGCGUGCCUGGUGCUGCAGCGCGUCGUCGUGCCGGCGGUGCUCGUCCUGGCUGCCCUGAUGCGACCAGUGGGCAUAUCCUUUGUGUACAUGCUGAUGUUCUUCGUGUCGCCGUUUGUGCCGCUGGCCACUCGCCGCAACUUCAAGGGAUCAGUCACCGCCUUCUUCCUCAUCCUGCUGGCACUGAGCACCCUGGUCCUGCUGGGUCACAUAACCCUACAGAUACUGGCGGUCAGUGUCACCCUGCCCAUCUACAACUGUUCCUUCAGCGAACGCCUGCUGAGGCACAUAGGCUUCGUUAGCUUCAUAGAUCUGAAUCCCAUGGCCAUUAUUGAGUGGCUGGCUCCGGAGGUCCUCGUUUUUGCCACUUCCCUGGGUUCCUAUCUGACGGUGAAGCGUGUGGCCUCCCAGACCGUCAGCUCGGAGCAGCUGGAGAACGGAGAGGUCACCGAGGGGCAGGCGGAGAAUGCUCAGGCGAACCAGACGCCCGCAACGGACGCCAAUGGCGGAGGAGAUGUGCAGCAGGCCACUGCCACAACGCCGCUGCAACAGCAGCAGCAACAGCUCAGGAAGCGGGUGUCCAUGAUCAGUCAGCACAUCCACUUCGAGGGAUUGAUUAAGAUCUCCCCCCUGUUCUGCCUGGCCACGCUCUUCUUUGCCGCGGUGCUGCGUCCUUCGGUCCCAGGCGGGUUCUAUUUUCUCAUUUUCCUGCUGGCCGGCACUUACUGGGCAACCUGCCAAACCUUGCAACGGGGCUUUGCGUUGCUGCUGCGGUUCGUGAUGGUCGUCCUGGUGCUGCACUCGCUCUCCAUCGUGUCCUAUCAGACACCCUGGAUGCAGCUCCACCUCAAUCACACCGAACUGACGGCUCGACUGAUUGGACUGGAGCCGCUCAUUGAAUCCUACUGUGGAUCGGAUAUACGAAUUAUGUAUUACAACAACACCUUGUAUCUGGACUCUUACCUCAAUCCCUUUGCCCUGUUCUUUGCCUACUUUGCCCUGGCCCUAACCACCAAGCAUCUCAUCAAGCCGCGGUUGGUUCGCCAGAGCACUCGAAGGUCCCGCACCCCACAGCCCCUGGAGAGUGGUUCAUCGGUGCCAGCCAGCUCCACUCAGCGCGGCAAUGACAUCCAGAUGGACUCUAUGGAGCAGCGAUCCGAGCAGGAGAACACCACCACCUCCAUUCUGGAUCAGAUAUCGUACGGAUUUGUCAGCGUGGGCGGUUUCAUCUACCAGAACAGUUACAUAUUCACCAACAUUCUGAUGAUGGCCUGGUCCAUUGUCUACCACAGUUGGCUCACAUUUGUGCUGCUUCUCUGGGCCAAUGUCCUCUGGAUGAUCCCCAAUCAACGCAAGGCCAUGAUGCGCUCCAGUCCCUUCAUCGUCCUCUACGCCGAAGUGCUGCUGGUUGCCCAGUACAUCUACGGCAUGGAUCUGGACAAUAGCGAGCUGCCCACGAAGGUUUCCACGGCGGGCAUCAACCUGCAGCAGAUUGGAUUCGAGCGGCCCAAGGAGAACCAGAUGCGUCCGUGUGUGCCGCUAAUCGUGAAGACUGCCUUCGUUCUGAUGUUCUGGGUGACGUCGCGCCAGUUUUUCAAGGAGAAACGCGAUCGUCGGCGGGACAGCACCCUGGCGGACAUAAUUGCCCCGCUGCAGAUCACCGUGGGAUCAGCCGGGUCCAGUUACCUCAUCAACGACGGCAAGAAGACUUCAAAGUUCCUAAAGAAGGCCGGCGAUGUGAUCAAGAACCUGCUGGUCCGGCUCUGGAUCUGGCUGCUGGUGCUCGUUAUCUUUUUGUGUGCGAUCACCGGCGAGAAUAUGACGGGCUUCCGCAUCUGCUACAUGGCCCUGUUCCUGUUCUUCUUGCUGGUAUUCCAGUCAUCGUCCAAGGCCUGGGUGAAGAUCAUGUACGGCUUCUGGCUGUUCCUCAUCUUCUACGCCAUGUCCAUCCUAAUCUUGAUCUACACAUAUCAGUUCGACAAAUUUGAUACAUAUUGGAACGACUACCUUAACGUGUCCAAGACGCUACAAAACGACAUUGGUCUUAAGCGGUAUCAGACCAAGGACCUGUUCCUACACCUGGUCUCGCCCACAAUCAUUGUGAUCCUGACCGUCAUCCAGGUGCACUACUUCCACAAACGUUUCAUCGCCUCGCUGCAACAGCAGCCGACACCUGGCGGCUCGGCCACGCAGAAACCCACGGAGACAACUGCCUUGGAACCAGCCAAUCCCUCGAGGCGACGGGGCAGUGCCAAUUCCUUGCGCCGCUCGCAAGGACCUUCAGCCGAGGCAGCUCCGCCAGGUGCCACCACAGAUUUCGAGACUUCUGUCCGGGAUUUGGUGCGCAUUUCGUUCCGGAAGAUCAAGAACAAGUCCGAGUAUAUAUUCAAGAACUUCAAGGACGUCUUCUGGCGCUUCCUGGAGCUGCACAUCAUGAAGGCCGUCUACAUAGCCGCCUUCGUCUGCAGCGUCAGCGAGGUGUGUGUCCUGCACAUUGUCUUUGUGGGCUUCUGCGUGCUGGGCGCCACGUCGCGCAAGGCAGUCCAGGUGGUGAUCAGCCGCCUCAUCUCGUUCAUUGUAACUAUUAUAGUGCUGUCCAAGAUGAUCUACCAGAUCGAGUACCUCAGUCACUCCCAGUACAAUGUGGUUUGCUCUGAUAACCGGACCGCCAACAAUGCCGAAUGGGUGGGCCUCACCAAGGCCGACAAGCUGGAGGGUGGCCUGAUGAGCUUGCUCCGAACUUACAUCAUCUACAUGGUGAUUGUGACCCUGCACGCCGUCAUCACCUUGCGGCAGCUGCAAAUGCGGGUCAAGAUUGGUGCCCUGAACGCCCCGCCCACCAAACUGCUCUUCCCGCACAUCGUGCGAGCCGAUGCCGAAAAGGACCUGGUGGGUCUGGUCAAGUACCUCCUCAACUUUGGCUUCUACAAAUUUGGCAUCGAGAUAUCCCUGAUCGCCUUGGUAUCCACCAUCACAUAUCGUCAGGACAUUGUGGCCGUGGUGUAUGCCCUCUGGCUGGUGGUGCUCCUGCUGCUGCGGCGCUCCCAGUGCGCCAAGAUCUGGGGCGUGUUCCAGGCCUUCUUUGCCAUUUCCAUACUGACGCAGUACAUCGUGUUGGUGGGUCUGCCCCCCAGCUUCUGUACGGUUUAUCCUUGGGACAAGGACGCCUUUGGCGAGAGCAUACAGCGCUGGACUAUGCUGCCAGGAGCCCUGCACUUCAACCAUGUGCCCAAGCUGAUAUUCGAUUUUAUGGUGCUGGUUAUCCUGAACCGCCAGAAGAGCAUCUUCUGCAUAGAGCAGCGCUAUGCCAGCAGCGAUGAUUAUCCCGGAGGCAGCAACCGCAGUGUCAUCGCGGACAUUGCCCAGCUGGGACGGGUGCCCUUCGACAAUCCCACCCACGACUUCUGCUCCUACAUCCGCAACUACUCCGAUAUACUGAAGAACGGGGUGUUGUGCGGCUUCUACUGGUUCACCCUGGCGGUGGUCUUCCUGGCAGGCACGAACAUUGCGGAUCUGCUGGCCCUUGGCUAUCUGAUCGGAGCGUUUGUCUUCCUCUGGCAGGGAUCCGACUUCUAUCUGCGGCCCAUCCACACCAUCAUCAGUCGCUGGAAGUGGCUUCUGGCCUUCAAUGUGACCAACAUCCUGAUCAAGACGAGCUUCCAAAUGGCCGGCUGCCUGUUCAUGACACCGCUGACGACGCACUGCUGCUGGCUGGUCCACAUGCUGGGCAUCACCUGCACAAGCAACGUGCCCCCGAUCGUCUCCGAGGUAUUGGAGGAGACUAUUCAGCCGGGCGAGUGCCCCAAGAUCACGCACCAGGUUGUGCUCCUCUGGGACACCAUUUGCUUCGCCUUUAUCAUCUUCCAGCUGCGCAUCUUCAAGUCGCACUACUUCUGUCACAUCAUCACGGACACAAAGGCCAACAACAUCUUGGCUUCGAGAGGAGCUGACAUCAUUGAGAGCCUGCGGCAGAAGCAGAUCACCCAUCGGCACGACCACGAAAAGCAGGUGCUCCACAAGAUCAAACGGAAAAUGGAGCGUAUUCGGGCGACGCAGCAGAAGAUGCUCCGACCGCUGGACAAGCAGACCCACUUCGAUGGGCAUCCCACGCCCGAAGUGUCGGCCCGAGAGGUGGCGCCUUUGGCCCACACCAGCAGCUUCACCUCGUGCCAGGGCUCCGGCUAUCUGACUCCCGACGAACAGAGCACCUCCAGCUCGCCCAGCAAUUCCUCGCCCGCGAGAGCAUCCAUCCUUUCAAGCACUCACAGUGGCAGUGUGGACAGCGUGGACAGUGCGGAUGCAGCAGUCGUAAUCGAACCGGAAAUCAACGUGAUAGAGUGCGAGGAGGUCGGGGACUAUGUGGAUGUACAGUCGGUUAGUGAAGAGGACACCACGGUGGCACUGCCCGUCAGACAUUUGCCAGUGGCUGUCGCAGCGGCGGACUCGAAGCCCACCACGCCGAGCACGGAGGCGCUGUCGGCUCUUUUGACCGAAGGGUUCCUGGAGCCAAAGAGGAUCUCCCUGGGUCUGGCUCCAUCGGAGGCAAGUGCUCCGGUCACCAUACAGUCGCUGGCCCCACCGCUGGCCGCCUAUGCCACCGCAAUGGCCUCGAGUGCUGCCAGCUCUGUGCUGUCACCCACUCUGACUCCGAAUCUGCGACGUGAACAUCGCCGCCAGUCGUCGACCAAUGCGGCAGUUUCCUGGAACGAAACAGUGUCAAUCAAGCGAUCGCCCUUGAAGAAGCAAAUGUCGGCGGAUAGUCGGGAGGAGGUGGUGACCAUGCGGAACAAGGCGCUGCAUCGCCGCCACCAGAGCAUGGGAAACGCCAGCUACUCGCUGGACGAGGCUGCCCAGUCGCAGACCUUCAGGAAGCGGCUCUCGAGCAACCUAUCCGGGGCCAGGGACGAGGCUGCUCUGCGAUCUGCCCAGCGGCCGCACAGCUGGGGACCCGUGGGUACGGUCUACUAUAUGGAGUCGCUGAUGUGUGCCUUCUAUGAGCCCGCACUGCUGCAUGGACCAUCUACUCGAGCUGGUGACUACUACAUGUUCGAGGAGAUGGAUGACAAGUUCGAGUUGGACCUAAUCCACGACGAGAUCGACUUCCUGGAGGAGGAAAACAUCACCGAGAGCGAAAUGAAGAUGCAGCGCCGCAAGACCCUUUACGACGUUUGGAAGGACCUGAACGAUGCCGAGUAUCGUCGGCAUUUCUACAUGCGAGAGCGAUCCUAUGCCUCCGAGCCGGGGUCCCGCAUAGCCCUGAAAUUGGAAGAAGAGAAGGCCAAGGUUAGCCACGAACUGGGACUAACCACCGACGACGAGGAGGACGACGAUACCAUCGAGUGUGACCUCGGCAUACGCACCUCGACGCUAUCCGAGCCACUCGACUUUGGGCGUCGCAGCCAGACGCUGCUCGAGGUUAAAUCCAAGGACGCCCCAGGACCUGAUUUCCCCUCUACUAGCAAGGGUAUUUCCAAAGAACGCGAUGCUGCCAGUAGCGCUAGCCCGGCUCCCACCCGGGAUGUGGCGGAUCUGCCGGUGAUUCCUCCACCCAUCAUAACCACCACCACCACAUCGGGACUGGGUCGGGAGGCCACAUCGAAGGAGACCUCGGACAGCAAGUCCAAGAUGGAAAUCGACAGCGGUGAGGUGACGGCCAAGGAUUCGGACGAGGACUUCGACACCAAUCCCAUCAUCCGACUGCUCGAGGGCUUCUUGGUGACGCUGACCAUAAGACUGAACCGCUUCUCGCGCAACUAUCGCUUCGUGAACCGCAUCCUGGCAGGCGAGAAGAAGACCCUUAAGGAAUCCAGCUCCUUGAAUCGCUUGGGCCUGUCCAGUGCCGCUGCCAUGUUCCACUUCCUGAAAUCCAACCUCGAAAGCGAUGACAGCGGCCAGCCCGCCUCCUCAUCCACACCACGGCGGGUGGUUGUUGCCCCGCCGAAUGCCAAUGCUCCAGAGCACACAAACACCAGCACUCCACUGAACACGAACACGACAACCACACCGCUAUCACCACCCGAACCACUGCAACCACCAACAACAACCAGUACACCACAGCAACACCAUCAGCAUAAUCGCGCUGUUGACGAAAUCAUCGAGUUGCCUGUAGAUACCGUUGAUGCAGCCACCUCUAGAAAACAAUCGAUCAAUUCAUCGCCGCCAGCCAAGGGCACGAUGUUCAGUCGAAAAUCGGACAGUGGUCUGCCCGAGAUCCGUGUUAAAGCGCCCUCUGUCGACCGCGGAGCGCACUAUUACUAUAAUCAUCACAGUGGCGGUGGCGGCGGCUCGGGAUCAUUGAGCAAGCACUGGUCCUACGAGCAGGUGGACAGCGCGGGUGAGUUCAAUCUGGAGGAGGAAAACUUUGCCCAGCGGGAUCAUCACAUCAUCGUGGAGGUGUUAAUCUCCUCCUGGUACGCUCUGUUGGCCAACACGGAUCUUAUCUGCUACAUUGUGGUUUUCAUCAAUCAGGUCGUUAAUGCCAGUCUCAUUUCGCUGCCCCUGCCUCUAAUGGUCUUUUUAUGGGGCACCUUGUCCCUGCCGCGGCCCACGAAAACCUUCUGGGUCACCCUGAUCGCCUACACCCAGGCCAUUGUGCUGGUCAAGUGCGUCUUCCAGUUCAAGCUCAUCUGGUCCAACUACCAACGGCUGCCCAACAAGCCCCUAUCUACGGCCAAGAUCUUUGGCGUGGAGGAGAAGGCGCACUAUGCGAUCUACGACUUGAUACUACUGUUGGUACUUUUCCUGCAUCGGUACCUCCUGAAAUCUCAGGGUCUGUGGAAGUCCGGCUACAAGGAUACCGAUAACCAGUUUACCAAACCCACCGCCAGCAUUGAUGAUCGCGAGGACAGUGAUAAUCUCUCGCAACCCGACUCCCGCCAGUUGAACGAAGAAGCGGCACAGAAGAUGAGCCUCCAAGUUAGCCAGGCUUCCCUGCCAGGUUCGCCGGAGUACAGCAAGACGGGAAUUAAUCCUUUAGAACGCACGAAGUACACUUCAUCGUUGCACAAGUUCUUCUUCAAUCUGGUUCACAAAUCUCGUCUAGCCACGGAUGUAUAUGCUCUGAUGUUCCUCUGCGAUUUUGUGAACUUCUUCGUACUGCUGUUCGGCUUCACCGCUUUUGGAACCCAACAAACCGAAAGCGAUGAAGGUGUCCAAACGUAUUUGGCUGAGAACAAGGUGCCCAUACCCUUCCUGAUCAUGUUGCUGGUCCAGUUCUUGCUGAUUGUCAUCGAUAGAGCCCUCUACUUGCGGAAAGCCCUCGUCAACAAGAUCAUCUUCCACUUCUUUUCGGUUAUUGGAAUACAUAUCUGGAUGUUCUUUGUGGUGCCCGCUGUUACGGAAAGAUCUUUCAACUCAUUGGCUCCACCGAUAAUCUUCUAUGUCAUCAAAUGCUUCUACAUGCUCCUCAGCUCGUAUCAAAUCAAGUCCGGCUACCCCAAGCGCAUUCUGGGCAACUUCUUCACGAAGGGCUUCUCGAUGGUCAACAUGAUUGCCUUCAAGGUGUACAUGCAGAUACCAUUCCUCUACGAGCUGCGAACUAUCCUGGAUUGGGUGUGCAUAGACAGCACAAUGACCAUCUUCGAUUGGCUGAAAAUGGAAGACAUCUUCUCGAAUAUCUAUCUCAUCCGGUGCACCAGGCAGUCGGAGACGGAUUUCCCGGCUAUGCGCGCUCAGAAGAAGGCUUCUCUUUCGAAGCUGCUGAUGGGCGGUACGGUUGUUCUGCUGAUUGUGAUUUGCAUCUGGGGACCACUCUGUCUCUUUGCCCUGGGCAAUGCCGUGGGCACGUCGAAUGUGCCGUAUCAUGUGUCAUUAUCGAUUCGUAUAGGCCCGUAUGACCCCAUCUAUACCACCAACAAUUAUGACAGCAUCUUUGAGAUAAACCAAACAAUGUACUCUGAAAUGACGAAUGCUUAUAUUUCGGACAAACAGGCAGUGACCUUUAUAACAGGAUACGAUCCAACGGAUGUGGCAGCAGUGAAGCUGGCGGGUAAUUCGCCAUCCCUAUGGAAUAUAGCUCCGCCGGACAGGCAAAGGUUGCUAAAUGAUUUGAGAAACAAUCAUACUUUAAAGGCGCGUUUCUCGUACUCCCUCACUCGCAAAGCUCCUGCCAAGGGGUUGAAGGAAAAUGUGGGUGAUGAGCAUGCCAUUUCCUUGGAUGAAUCUUUCGAGGGACGUGCCGCACUUAUAAGAAUGCUAAGCGAGACCCACGAACUGGAUCAAGCCCCAAUCGUAGAUAUUUCUGCAAAUGGAACUAACUCAACAAAUGGAACAAACCCACAACCCGAUGUGAAAGUAUUGUCGCCUGCCGAAGACAUCGUGGUGAUACCUGGAAUGAUACCCAAGUUCAUCAAGGUUCUAAACUCGGGCGACGCGGCAGUGGUCAGUGUACUGAACAAAAAGAACAAUGACUACCGCCCGCUGGUCAUCAAAAUGCAUCGCGACAACGAGACCAACGGGCUGUGGUGGGAGAUUCGGGACUAUUGCGAAGAUGCCUUCUACACCGAAACCCUGUCCAAGUUCGCUUACAGCAAUUGCACAUCGGGCAUCGUGAUGUACACAUUCAACGACAAGAAGUUCCCAUCGACAUUCAGUUUUCUCACAGCCGGCGGCAUCAUUGGAUUGUACACCACCUUUGUGUUAUUGGCCUCGCGCUUCAUGAAGUCGUUCAUCGGCGGGCAGAACCGAAAGAUCAUGUUCGAGGAUCUGCCCUAUGUGGAUCGCGUGCUGCAACUGUGUCUGGAUAUCUAUCUUGUACGGGAGGCUCUGGAGUUUGCGCUGGAGGAGGACCUGUUUGCCAAAUUACUCUUCCUGUACCGCUCGCCAGAGACGCUGAUCAAGUGGACCCGCCCCAAGGAGGAGUACGUGGACGAUGACGGCGACACGGACUCGAUUCCCAGUCGAAUGAGUGUGCGCCGGCCGGAGCAACUGCAGCAGCCACAAUAACAUAGGUCUAACCCAAACGCUUAAGUAAUCUAGAGUUUUUUACGUAUUUAGUACGUAUUGCGUUAUCGUAGGUUUCAUAGUCUUUUUAAACAUUUUUAUAAACGGAAAGUCACACAAAUCCAAACACAAAGUAACACAUCGCCCAUUUACACAGUUUACAGUCGUUCGAUUUUUUGUCAAGAGUACUGCCCGUCUGUGAAACUGUAGAAGUCGAAAAUUAUUGUAUACACCAACUAUUUUGCAUAUAUUGAACCUAUAUAUGUAUGUAAUUUGUGUACCUAGUUUGUAAGCCAAUGUAUUUAGACUUUAAGUAAGCAAAGUGUUGCUGUUUGUUAGUGUAAAAACGAAUGAUUACUAGUGAAUUGCAAUUCUGCCUAGGCAGAGCAAAACUUAUUUAUUAAAGUUAAUCCUAAAUAGGUGUAAAAAAGGAAGAUCAAGUUGGAGAUACUAACUAUAUUAAUAAUAAUAAUGAUGAAAACUCAUUUUCAGGGAAUUUAGCAUUUUACAGAAACCGUAAAUUUAAACGAAUAACCUAAUACGAAGCAUCCGAGUUAAGUAAGUAGGUAAACUAAUGGAUAGAUAAUGAAUGUUUUAUAUUUUUACGAAUCAAUAAUAUCAUGUGUGUAAUAUUAACUGAUAUGGCUUCGAAUCGCGUACAUUUAUCCAAGCUGCAAUAUGCCUCAGUGUGCCCUUUAUAGAACGGAUUAAAGAUAUUAUGUAAAGAUAUGUUAAUACUGUUUGUUAUAGACCUAGAUCGGAUGGAAAAAUAUCGAAAGCGAAUAUGUUGCAUAUACUAUAUACAGCGUUGACAUUAUUUUAGGCAUAUCAUAUAGCAUAUUUUUGUAUCGAAUGCAAAUAUCAUUUGCUUGAGCGACCAUUUCAUAUCAAAAUUUAAAUGUAGGAUCUAUUUAAUGCUUCAGAGCGUAGGCUUCAAAUCGAAAUUGAUCAUAACAAUUAUAUCUCCAAUAGGCAAUCUCUUACACGUUACAUCGCGCUAACUAAAUCUUUAUGUGCUAUUUUAUAUACAUAUAAAAAAAAAUAAUUAAAAUCGAUUUAUAUAAAAAUCACAAUAAACAAUUUUUGUACCAAGAAAUGAACAACUUAAAUCGUACAUAUAGAAAGUGCAUCUAUUUUUUAGUGUUUAAUUUUCCAUCAUAAGCUUAACUGGAAUACUUACGAACUAAAAUAAAGAAUCGAAAUCUAUUGUACUAAAAUAAAAA